GGAGUUUAUACAAUACACACAUGAAGAAGAAGCCAAAACAAAUCAUCAGCUGAAUCAUCAUCAUGAUUUUUAUGAAAUGAAACAAAAAGAUUAUUUUGAUUGAUUCGAUUCGAUUUUCUGUGGGCGUAUAUUGAACAACCGACCAACCAACCAACCAACGAAAACAAUGGGCGAAUAUACGGGAUAUUCAUCAUCAAUAAAUCAAAUUAAAAAAGAUCCAAUGCUUUAUAUUUGUGAACUAACAACAAAAUCAUCUGUAACAUUGGAAGAAUUAUUGAAUGCACGUAAAACCGUACAGAAUUGUGCCGAUGAAACAAAUACACAGCUAAAGAAAAAUGUUUAUAAAAAUUAUCAACUUUUUAUCGAUACAUCACAAGAAAUAUCCUAUCUGAAAAGUGAAAUGUCACAGCUAAGUAGUUAUCUGAAUGAUGAAUAUAAAUUAUUAGAAUCAUUAUUAUCAAUAUCGAUUGGUGGUUCAAAAACUGGCCUAACAUUAAGCGAAAAAAAAGAAGCACAAGAAAAAGUAAAAGAAGAACGUGAACGUAAAAUGUUACAAAUGUCACAAGCAGCCACCAUAAAUGGUCCAUUGCCUACAAAAGAAUUUCGUACACUUAUGGAAUAUAUUGAUGGUGGCACUGGUCUAUUGGAUAAUCGUCAAAAUUCACUUGUUUAUUGUGAUGGUGAAGUUAUUGAAUUGGAUGAAAAUUAUUCUGAACUACAAAAUCUUCAUCUUGUACUUCUUAAUGAUGCAUUGAUCAUUUCAACACUAGCCAUUGAUCGAUCAACAAUGCCAAUGAGAAAAUAUAAAUUACAAUCAAUCAUUGAUCUAGAAUCAAUUGCAAUUGUUAAUGUUAAAGAUCGUCGUUAUAAUAAAUUUGAAAUGGCAUUCAAAAUAUUGAUGGGAACACCUGAUGAUAAAGUAUUUCUUACCAAUUCACCGGCCAAAAAGAAAACAUGGAUCGAUGCAUUUGAAGCUGCGAAAAAAUAUCUUCGUCUACAGCGACAUAAUCAACUUUAUAAUAUUUCAUCAUCAACAUCAUCACCAUCAUCAUUUAAUAAUCCAAUCAUAUUGGAUACAACAAAAGCUACAAAUUAUUCAAAUCUUAUUAUGAGUCCAACAACAACGACGAUGACGACGACCACCACCACCACCACCACCACCAUGAUGAAUAAUGCAUCGAAAUCAACACCAUUAACAUUUACGGCAACCAAAUCAUAUGAAGAAAGUAAUGAAAUAAUGGAAGAAAAUGAUCAUGAAAUGGACGCAGAAUUACCAACAUGGUUGAUAGAAUUACCGGAUGAUCUAGAUGUUUAUAUUGCACAACGUAAUUUUGAUGAAGCCGUAAAAUUGGUAACACGUGCACAUGAACAUUUUUAUCUUUAUCCAAAAUGGUGUGAUAAUCAAAUGCAUGUGGAUCUGAAGUUGAAAAUUGAUAACAAAAUAUCCGAAUUGGUUGAAGCGCUAAGUAGUGAAUUAAAUGUGGCCGCUGAUCGUUCAUUACAAACUGGACCACGUGCAUCACGUCGUGCUGUUGCACUUUUAGUGCAAUUAGGUAAAUCAUCAUUGGCCAUAAGAUUGUUUCUGGAUCAACGAAAACGUUUAUUGAAAUAUUAUUUUAAACAACAAAAAAUUACCGAUGGUGCCACCAUAUCGUUCAUGAAACGUAUGACAAAUUUAUUUUUCAGCCAUUUUAUCAAGACAUCGAAAGAAUUUUUACGUGCCUUUGAUAUUGAUCAAUCAGAUUGUUAUCUAUAUGAACAAGAAUCAUCAAAUAAUUCAUCGCUUAAUUGGCUUGAACAGAAUCAUCAUCAAAAUCAUGGUAAUGAAGAAUUUUUAAUCAAUUCAUCGAAAUCAUUAUCCACAUCAUAUAGCCAUACAGCAUUGGCAUGUUUGAAUUCAUGGAUUUAUGAUGAAUUUCAACGUUAUUUAGCAUUGUUUCCACGUCAUGUGUUUAUCAAUCAGGUGAAUACAUUGGCCGCUGUUGAAUGUGUAUCGUUAGCAAUGAAUCAAUGUACAAAACUACGACAAACAAUUGGCAUCGAUCUGCUGUUUGUAUUGAACAAAACGCUUAAAAAUGAUAUAAAAAAUUUGAUUGACGAAAUUCAUAAUAAAUUUAUGGAAGCAAUAAAAUUACGUGCCAACGAAAAUGCAAUGGAACCACUAUCAUUUGAAUCGAAAAUAAAAUUGAAUAAAUUUCUUUCCGAAAUGGAUGAACAUGAUCUUGAUGUACGAGAAUUGAUUGUACAUACAAAUGAUCAUUAUCAAUUAAUGUUAAGCUACAAUACUUGUUCAUAUGCAAAAUCAUAUUUAAACACAUUGAAAGAUUUACUUAAAUUAAUGCAUGAUCCAUAUUCAAUACGUACUAUAAACAAAAUUCUUGUCAAAUCAUUUCAAUGGCAAAUGAAUUAUCUACGUGAUUUAUUACAUAAUAAUCAUAAUCAUAAUGGUAAUGGUAAUGAUGAUAAUGAUGAUGAUGAUCAAUUCAAUCAAGAUGAAUUUAUACGCAAAAAUAUUGUUUUUAUAUUGGAUAAAUUUGUACCAAUUGUCAUUGAAAAAUAUUGUGAAACAUUACAGGUACGAUCAUUUAAUCAAAUACAGACAGCAAGUUUACAAUAUUCACAAUUGAAAGAGGAAAAAAAUUCCAUAUUAACAUCAUUGACACCUGAUUAUAAUGACGAUGAUGAUGAUGAUGACGUUGGUGAAAAUCAAUCAAUAAAUCGAUAUUUAUCACCAACACCAACACCACGUACAAGAAAAAGUCGUACAGUAUCACAACAUCAAAAUUCAUAUCGUGGAUCAUCCGUUUCACCAUCAUCACAGUCACCAACAUCAACAAACAAUACGGCCACUUAUCUGUGAUUAUUCAAAACAAACACACAAGAAAAAUUUUUUAAAAUUAUUUUUAUUAUUAAUAAAUCGAAUAUAGAAAUGAUUGAAU